AUGCUUCCGCCUCAACAGUCUGCUGAGCUGGCACCGCUGUCUGGCGCAGCAGUGGAACGUUUGGGUGAUGUGACAGAGAUAUUUCGCGGACCUGCAGCUGACGUGGCAGGGGUGGGCCUGCGGUACUACUUAGUAAGAGCAGGCGAGUCAGAGUGGGAAGCGCUUGGGCUAAUUCACACCAACCCCGUAGACAAGACCAACGUGCAGAGUGGUCUAUCAGGGGAGGGGAAGAAGCAGGCGGUGGAAGCUGCCAGGAAGCUGCGCAAGAUGGACGCCUGCGGUGGAGGGUGCUGGAUCUGGCCGUCCAUUUCCCAGCGGGCGUAUCAGACGGCUGAGGUCGUUGCUUACGUAAACGGCGCGGAUUACAGCCGCAUCGUGCCAGAGUACAGCUUCCUGGACGCCAGAGGACUGGGGGCGUUUGAAGGACAGCCGCUUGAGAUGAUGAGCGAGAUCUAUUUGGAGGAUUCUGUGUCGUCCCGCUGGCGCCCGCCGCCCUUCACUGAUGGCACGCCCCACGAGAGUGUAGCAGACGUGCUCGUGAGAGUGACGCAGCUCAUGUCCAUCCUCGAGACGCAGUAUUCCAGAGAUGUCGUUGUGAUUGUGUCGCCGGAUUCCGACUGCCUCUCCGUGCUACAAGCUGCCCUCAUUGGCAAGGACCUCAGGAGUCACAGCGACUUGUACUUUCAGCCUGGGGAGGUGAGGCAAGUUGACAUCAGCAAUAACGUCCCCCCUCCUCCCAUAUCCGGUCUCAUCUCGCUCAAAGUGAUUCAGAGAUAG